AACGUGAUUAAAAUAUUCAUUUCGGCUAACAUAAUAUAUAUAUAUAUGCUUUCAAACCAGGUUUAUUUAACGUUUAUAUCUGGGCACCAAUUUAAAUCAAAAAAGGUAUCAUGGGCGAAGAGGUAAAUCUAAGUGUAAUAAGCGGCAAUGAUGUACAUGAAAAACCUCCUCUUAAUGGACAGAAAGAGUGGCAUGUGGAAAGUACUGCCAACACAGCAAAACUUUCGCCAGUACCAACUGUGCCGUUUUAUAGCUUGUUUCGUUUUGCGAAUGGAUUUGAUUACUUUUUGUUGGUGAUCGGGAGCCUCGCGUCAGCUAUUCAUGGAGCUUCUUUGCCUUUGCUAUUCAUAUUUUUUGGAGAUUUGACAAACACCUUUACUUCGUUUGGAAAAUUUUCUUCGUGCAACUUCAAUUAUACAUUAUGCACCGAAGCUUUGUUAUUCAACGGUACGGAAAGCGAAUUUCAAAUUAUUGCCGAACAGGCUCGAGAUUUGACUGGCAACUCCAUUUAUUCUGUUUAUUGGUUCAUAUAUAUUGGAUUGGGAGUUUUCAUUGUGGGAUCUAUUCAAGUUACAACGUUUUGCUUUCUCGCUAUACGGCAGACAAAACGAAUUCGCUUGGCAUAUGUCAAAAGUAUUUUACGGCAGGAUAUUGGAUAUCAUGAUGUUAAUUCUUCAGGAGAAUUAAACGCGAGACUAGCAGAUGACAUCCUGAAAAUACAAGACGGAAUGGGAGAGAAAUUGUCUUUAUUAAUUCAAUACAUCUGCAUGGUUAUUUCUUUGGUUAUCGUCGCCUUCAUAUAUUCUUGGAAACUAGCGCUUGUGGCUUUAUCUUUGACUCCGAUGUUGGUGAUCUCUACAGCGAUGAUUUUUGUUCUUAUAAAGAAGUACGCUGGAGAGGAGAUUGAAGCUUACGGCUCUGCUGGUUCAAUAGCGGAAGAAACUAUUUCUGCUAUUCGAACCGUUGUUUCAUUAGGAAUUCAAGACGAACAAAGCAGAAGGUAUUCAGUGAAUCUGACAAAAGCAAGAGAAAUGGGGAUAAAAAAGGGAACAGUGCUUGGACUAAACAUGGGUUUUACUUAUUUAACCACGUUUUCCGUGUAUGCAAUAACAUUUUGGUACGGAGUUCAACUUAUAAUCGAUGAAAACGAUCCUCUUGAUCCUGGUGACAUGAUGGUUGUUUUCUUCAACGUUUUACUGGCUGCCUUGGGUUUAGGAGCGGCUGGAAGCAACAUGGAAUACAUUUCAACGGCUAAAGUGGCAGGAAUGAAAUUAUUUUCAGUGAUUGAACGUGUACCAGUGAUAGAUAUAUUUUCAGAGAAGGGCAUAAAACCGGAAAACAUGGAAGGAAACGUAGUAUUUAAAAACGUUGAAUUCAGCUAUCCAUCUCGACCAGAAACUCAGAUAUUGAAAGGCGUUAAUUUCAAAGCUGACAAAGGACAGACUGUCGCUUUGGUGGGACAAAGUGGUUGUGGUAAAAGCACAUCGAUCAGCUUAAUUCAACGAUUUUAUGAUGUUGCGGGUGGUGCCGUUAUGAUUGAUGGAAAUAACGUAAAAAAUCUUAAUUUGCGAUGGCUUAGAGACCGUAUUGGUAUUGUAGCACAAGAACCUGUGCUUUUUGAUACAACUAUUGGAGAAAAUAUAAGAUAUGGAAAACAGGAUGUAACAGAUGAAGAAAUUCACAAAGCUGCUAAACUGGCAAACGCGGAUAAUUUUAUCAGUGCUCUUCCUAAGAAAUAUGAAACACUUGUUGGCGAAAGCGGUAGUCAGUUAAGUGGUGGACAGAAACAGCGAAUUGCCAUUGCUCGAGCAAUUGUUCGAGAUCCCAAGAUAAUGCUACUGGAUGAGGCUACUUCAGCCUUGGACACCGAAAGCGAAUAUAUUGUUCAAUCUGCGCUGGAAAAAGCAUCUGCAGGUAGAACGACGAUCGUUAUCGCCCAUCGCUUGUCUACGAUCAAGAAUGCGAAUAAAAUCAUUGUAUUCCAUGAUGGACAAAUAGUGGAAGAAGGAACUCAUGAUGAAUUACUGGAAAAUCACGAAGGAGCAUAUUCGAAUUUAAUUAACAGUCAAAUGAACAAUAAAACGGAGAAUUCAGUGGAGUCAAAAAACCAAGGUAUAAUAUGCCAACGUCUAACGAAAUUAUCUUCCAAAACGUCAGCCAGAGGACGCUCAAAUCGGAAUUUCAAACGCCGGGAAACACAGUCUAUAAAAUCAGGAAACGAAUUCAGUGGAAAUGAAGAAACUGAAGAAGAUGUUGACGAGGAGGAAGAAGAAGAACUUCCGGAUGCUCCUAUAAGUAGAAUAAUGAAACUUAACAAACCGGAGGCUGUGUACAUUGGAUUUGGAUGCUUUUUCUCUGCUGUCUCCGGUUCUUUGGAUCCCAUAAACGCUUUGAUCUUCUCCGCUGUUUUGACAAUAUUUACAGAAGGAAAUGUAGAAGAACAAGGUCACUUGUCCGUGCUGUAUUCGUGUUUGUUUUUAGCGCUCGGUGCAACUGCGUUUAUUUCAAACACGUUGGAGGCAAUAUUCUUCUCCAAAUCUGGUACGGAACUAACAAUAAGACUUCGAGAAAAAGCAUUUCGUUCUGUUCUUCGUCAAGAUAUCGCUUACUUUGAUGAUCAUAGAAACAACACAGGUGCUGUUUGCAUGAAGCUUGCUUCUGAUGCAUCAAGAGUACAAGGAUGUACUGGAACUCAUUUUGGACUGCUGGUUAAAAAUUUUGCCUGUUUGGGUGUUGCGUUGGGAAUUGCAUUUGCUUAUAGUUGGAAAUUAACGUUACUGACAAUAGCCUACAUACCUCUCAUUGUACUUGGGGAAUUUCUAAAGAUGAAAUUGUUGCUUGGAGCAUCAGAAAAGGAAAAACAAGCUUUUGAAAACGCAAACGACAUAGCAACAGAAGCUAUUAGCCAUAUUCGUACAGUAGCUUCACUCGCCAACGAAGCCAAAGUUUUUCAAACUUACACAGAAAGACUGAAAGAGCCUUUCAAGUCUGCAGUUAAGAAAACCGUCUACACUGGUAUAGGUUACGCGUUUUCUCAAUGUCUCAUCUACAUGACCUAUGCUGGGAUUUUUCGCUUAGGUAUCGAAUUAGUUGAGAGUGGUGAAAUACCAUUCGAAGAUGUAUUCAAAGUACUUUUUGCUGUUAUUUUCGGAGCAAGAGCCGCCGGACAAAACAGUUCUUACGUACCAGACUACGCCGAAGCUAAAUUAUCAGCGGCAAGAAUGUUUAAGCUAUUUGACAGCGAACCAACUAUUCCAAGUCAUAGCGAUGAAGGUCAUAAGCCUCAUGCUUGUAAAGGUAACAUUGAAUUCAAGUCCGUUCAUUUCACGUACCCUACUCGGCCAGAUUCAACUGUUCUUCAAGGAUGUAAUUUUUCGGUUUCGACUGGUAAAACACUAGCAUUAGUUGGUCAUUCCGGAUGCGGGAAAUCAACAUGUAUUCAACUUAUGGAGAGAUUUUAUGAUGCGACAGACGGAGAAGUGACAAUUGAUGGAAAUGAUAUCAAGAAACUUAACGUAUCUUGGGCAAGACAACAGAUUGGUAUUGUAUCGCAAGAACCAGUGCUUUUUGAUAUAAGCAUCAAGGACAACAUUUUAUAUGGUGACAUCACGCGGACACACACAGACGAAGAAAUUGCAUCCGCUGCUGCUGACGCAAACAUUCACGAGUUUAUUUCAAGUUUGCCAGAGGGUUACGACACCAAACUUGGAUUCAAGGGCAGACAGUUAUCAGGAGGACAAAAACAGAGAAUUGCUAUUGCGAGAGCUUUGCUGGGAAAACCAAAAUUACUGUUGCUUGAUGAAGCAACCUCUGCGUUGGACACAGAAAGCGAAAAGGUGGUACAAGAAGCAUUGGACAAAGCAAGACAAGGUCGCACAAGUAUUAUCAUUGCACACAGAUUAUCAACAGUCAUGAACGCUGACAUGAUAGCAGUGGUUGACAAAGGAAGGGUCGUUGAAACGGGGACACAUAAUGAGCUUUUACAACACAUGGGCGCCUAUCAUCGCCUGGUCAACGCACAGCUAAUGAGUUAGCAGUAGAUUGAACUUUAGAACUGGAAAUGUCGACAAAACGUGGGUCCAUGACGUCUUCGAAGUUGCUCCCAACAAGCAAAGUCAACAAAGUUAUCUAGAUUGGAUUUUAACCUUAAAAAUGUGCUAGUUUUGUUCGAAAAUCAAAAUUAUAUAUGUUUACUAAACUUAAGGGUCAGAGUUAUAUGCCACACUAUAGCAUAUAAGGGUAAUUAUGUACAUCGUACGGAUGGGAACUCAGAUAUAAUUAUUUCAAUCAGUGCCAAACGUCUUGAGAAUAUAAAUUUUAAUUUGAUAAUGACUGGGUGGAACAUGUUAUGUUCUUAAAACUGGUGUAAUUUGAUUCCUACGAAAGUCUUUGUUCGAAUUUUGGGAAAAAUUAACUUUGUUCUGAUGAUUUCAACAUGAAAUGGGGUAGCCUACAUUUGGGGGUUAGUUGCUAUAACACUUUCACUCCUAUUCGGAUCAGACUAAUCUAGUCAGACCAUGUUUUUGUACACAUGGUAUAAAAUUUAAAUACUAGGAGUUCAAUAAAAUAGAACCGGUGCCAAUAAUCAUUUAUAUAUUCAUAUUUAAUUAUGUUAUUCUUAAAUAUAUAUUGUGACGCAAAAAAA